GAACCCGCCGUAUAAAAGACGGCCAAUGUUGGAGGUCUGACAGAGGCGUCCUGAACAGUGAGAAAACUGACCACAGCUGGAUUUCCAAUAGGCACCCUCUGACGCUGUGAUGUCGCCGAGCAUUCUGGCUCUCUGUCUGCUGGUCUGCAUUCACUCCGGCAUAAAUGCAUAUCCAGUCAAGCCUGUUGGUCCACGGGAAGGAGCACCACCUGAGGAACUCGCCAAGUAUUAUUCUGCACUGAGACACUACAUCAAUCUGAUUACGAGACAGAGGUAUGGAAAAAGAGACACUCCAGACACUCUAUUUUCAGACGUGUUACUGAGGGAGAACACAGAGACUGUUCCAGGGUCCGACUAUAUCAGGUAUGAGGAACUGCCCGCGUGGUGAUCCUACAGGACAUGUCCCACUUCGACCGACUCUGAAGACGCUGUGGUGUCUCUAACUGACGUAAAGUGAACUUGUGUUGCAUGGAAUAAAC